AAUAGGGUUUUACGAAAUUGUGGACUGUUUAUCGCAGUUCUGGUCGCUACACAACAGUUAUCUUGUGGGGCAGGUUACCAAUCUUUGUGGUGAACCUGUCACGCCCUGGAAAGGAAAGUGUGCUUGCUUUAGUAAGGGUAAAUAACUCUAAUCACCUCAAACAACAUUCUUUUACUUGACACGACGAUAGACUCAAUCCGAUUUGGGUUAACUAAAUAGUGUAUUGUCUACAAGAUGAAGUCUAUGAGGAAUGCUGCUGAACUGAUGGAAUUACUGCAAUUACCUGAUGAAAAACCUCUCCCUUCAACUGUGUCCACAAUCAGAUGCCCAGUUUUGGGAAGGAUCCAUUUUGUAAGGGAUCCCAAAGGCAUCAUGCAGCUCAUGUGUGUGUUGUUCUACUGGGUGUAUGGAACGUUCUCCAGCUUGUUUAUUAUCCUAAUUCCAAGAUAUGCAGAGGGGUAUAUUUCUGGAAUCUUCCUGACAGUGUUUAUGUCCAUCUCCUUGUUGUGUCUGACAUCUCUUAUAAGAGUAUCAACUCUAAAUCCCGGAAGAAUUCCAACAUCCAGCAUCUAUGAAAAUGAGCACUGGACAUAUUGCCGAGUGUGUAACAGAAAGCGCCCUCAGCGUGCUCAUCACUGUAGAAGAUGUGGUCAGUGCGUUAUGAAAAUGGAUCACCAUUGUCCAUGGAUAAACAACUGUGUUGGAGAACAAAAUCACUAUGCAUUCUUCCUCCUGCUGCUUUAUGCCUUCCUUUUGAGUGCUGUUGUCUUCCUGUUAUGCAUGCUUCAUUUUUGGGUUUACCCAAAAUGUAAGCAAUGUGAUAAGGAUGCUUUCUAUGUCAAACACAGCAUAUGGUUCUUGUAUCUACUUACUUUGAUGGCAGCUAAUAUGACACUUGUGAUGGGGAUACAGCUCAUUGGGCAACAUUUCAAUUUGCUAAUUGACAGAACAACACUUGAAAAUAUCCAGCAACCUCCAGAUCCUACUAGGAUACAGUUGAGAGGUACUUUCGCAGCAUAUGAAGAAAUGUGUGGAAGAAAACGAAGCAUGAUGUUUCUAUGGUUCAUCCCUUGUAAGAGGAGAACUCUUUUUUCUGGAGGCUUUAGUUCACAAACAGUGUAAAAAAAGUAGACAACCCUGACCCUUUAAUUUUACCAAAUAUACUCAAAGGCAAAAGUUCUUGUGUUUAGAUGUGUGAAUUAACAACUGAUAUUUUUAUGAUGAGACUUUUUUAAUAUUGCAAGAAAAUCAUUCCACAAUAGGAUUGCAAAUGGCACACUGUAAAUUUUCUGGCAGACACAUGCUUAUAAGGUCACAGUGAGAGAGUGGUCAAAAUGAAAUUCACACAGUCAAUAAUGUGUAUGUCCACCAUGAACAUUGAUGCAUGCUUGACACCUGCACCUAGUAGAGCCAAUCAAGCGUGGCAAGAAGUCUUGUGGAAUGGCAGAGUUGCUGAAGUGUGACUGGGGGGAUUUGGCUAACUGCUCAAUCUCCUCUCCAUUUCAUCCCAGACAUGUUCAAUAGAGGACAGAUCUGUCAGUUUCUUUCAUCAGCGUGGUGCAAGAGGAAUUUGGACUUGUCAGUGAAGAGAACAUGUCUCCACUCGCCUGCUCUCCACCACAGAUGUUGUCUGCACCACUGCAGUGGUAGACAUUGGUUAUGUAAUGUCAAAAUCUGUUGUUUGGCAGGAAGUCAAGCACAUAUCCUGUGUGCAGCAAGACGCCGGCGAAUAGUCCUUGGUGAUAUCCUGUUGACACCAGGAAGUGUUCGGGCUGUCAGUGUGGCGGGAUGGAAUCUUUGGCGCAGAUGGGUGAUUCAAAUCCAAUAGUUGUUGAGUUGCGUGGUUACAGGUGGACAGCCACUUCGGGGGACUGUCUGUUGAUAAUGUCUCCGCAAGCAGCAUAUGGGGUUCCUGUGCAUGUGAAACUGCUGUACAUUGCGCUGGGGUGUUCUGUUCUCAAGCAUUCCAGUGACUCGCCACCUUUCAUUUUCAGUUAGUGAGUGAGUGAGUUUAGUUUUAUGCCGCACUCAGCAAUAUUCCAGCUAUAUGGCAGCGGUCUGUAAAUAAGUGAGUCUGGACCA